AUGGAUUCUGAUGCUGGCUCCAACUCCAGCCGCUCCUCAUCUCCAGACCUGGUGGUGGACGACUCCAUGGGUAGCUUCUUCUCGAACAAGAUGUUUCAGGCCUACUGCCAGGAGGAGGGGGCAGCCAGGGCUGCCGGCCAGGGCAGGGCUGACCACUGUGCUGGGGGAGGCAAGAGCAAGACCCGGGCUGACCUCAAAGAGGGUGACGACGUGCAGGACCUUAGGCUGAAGGUGAAUGGCAGAGAGAGGAAGAGGAUGCAUGACCUGAACCAGGCAUUAGACGGCCUGAGAGAGGUCAUGCCCUACGCUCAGGGGCCCUCUGUCCGCAAGCUCUCAAAGAUCUCCACCCUGCUGCUGGCCCGUAACUAUAUCCUCAUGUUGUCUAGCUCUCUGGAGGAGAUGAAAAAGCUGGUUGGGGAUGUGUACGGAGGCAGUGGUGCCCAGAGUCGCACCAGCCACCCCCGGAUCACCCUUCCGGCCCCCACAGCCCAUCUCCCACUGCACCCCUUGGCCCAGAACCUGCACUCCCUGGUUGGCAGUACGGCCUCAGCUCUCCACCACCCCUCACCUCCCUCUGCUCCAGCCCCACACUCACCGCCCUCUGCAAGCUACAUGGGCUUCCACCAUGCACCGGUACAGAGCCUGUUGAAGGACCCUCUCCACCUAGCCAGCUCCUACAGGCACUUCCCUGGUAUGCCCUGUCCCUGCUCGCUCUGCCAGCCUCUACCAACCACCACAUCCACCCUGCACAGCUUUUCCAUGGGCAAGUGA